AUGUAUAUUUUCUCACUGGCCAUGUUGGCUUACGUUUUUUUAAGUAUUCAUGCAAAACGUCUUUCGCAAGACAAUGAAGACAUCCAAAAACCGGUAGAUAAAAAUGAACGACGACUUAAUACAUAUGAAAGUGAUCCAAACGAUGAUAGUGAUGCAUAUAGUGAUAGUGAUUCAGACGAUGAUAGUGAUGCAUACGAUAAUAGUGAUUCACAUGAUACUGAUGAAAACUUCCUUUGCAGACAUGAUAAAAAAGGUAAGAAAACUGAUCGUACAUUAAUGAAAGCACAGCAUCCUAGAGAAAAUCGUUUUUAUGCAGACAAAAAACAGCAUGGAGAUCAAGAAAAAAUAGGCCGAUAUCGUGGCAGAGUAUCAUCGGAAUCCCAGCAUUACUUACCAGAAAAACACUAUGGAGAGCAUGACAAUGAUUUUAGUGAAAAGAAGCGUACCGAUAAAUACGGGAAAGACAAAUUAGUCGAUGAUGAAAGAGGAAUAAAAUCUGACCAAUUUACAAAUCGUUUUAGGUCAAAAAAGUAUGAAUAUCCGGAAGAAUACGAAACUGAGGCCCCAAAAACAAAACCAACAAAACCGUACUAUACGCAACCGAUACAGCCACCAAAAAAAAAACCGACCAAAUCGUACUACAUGGAACCGACGAAGCCAGCAAAGACAGAACCAACCAAACCGUAUCACACGCAACCGACGAAGCCAACAAAGACAAAACCGACCAAAUCGUACUACACGGAACCGGAGCCACUUGAGACAGAACCGACCAAAUCGUACUACAGGCGACCGAUGAAGCCAACAAAGACAGAACCAACCGAAUCGUACUACACGGAACCCACGAAACCGCCUAAGACAAAACCGACCAAAUCGUACUACACGGAACCGUCAGAGCCACCUAAGACAGAACCAACCGAAACGUACUACAUGGAAUCGUCGGAGCUAGCUGAGACAGAACCGACCGAAUCGUACUACACGGAGCCACCUAAGACAAAACCUACUAAACCGUACUACACGCAAUCGACGAAGCCAACAAAGACAGAACCGACCAAUCCGUAUCUCACGCAACUGACAAAGCCACCAAAGACAAAACCGACUAAAUCGUACUACACGGAACCGUCAGAGCCACCUAAGACAGAACCAACCGAAACGUACUACAUGGAAUCGUCGGAGCUAGCUGAGACAGAACCAACCGAAUCGUACUACACGGAGCCACCUAAGACAAAACCUACUAAACCGUACUACACGCAACCGACGAAGCCAACAAAGACAACCAAACCGUACCACACGCAACCGACGAAGCCAACAAAGACAGAGCCAACCAAACCGUAUCACACGCAACCGACGAAGCCAACAAAGACAGAACCAACCAAACCGUAUCACACGCAAUCGACGAAGCCAACAAAGACAGAGCCAACCAAACCGUAUCACACGCAAUCGACGAAGCCAACAAAGACAGAGCCAACCAAACCGUAUCACACGCAAUCGACGAAACCAACAAAGACAGAACCGAUCGAAUCGUACUACACGAAUCCACCUAAGACAGAAUCAUCCACUAAGAGAAUAAGAAAACCAUUGAUUAUUUGGUGA